AUGGUUGUUCCAAAGUUUAUAGAAUUAGAAGGCGGUGAUCGUAUGCCGAUUAUUGGUUUUGGAACCUGGCAGGCUCCAGCAGAUAUUCUCGUAAAAUCAGUGGAGACAGCAUUAGAAGCCGGUUACAGACAUUUUGAUUCGGCUCGUGCUUAUGAAAACGAGGCUGCUUUGGGUAAAGCCCUUAAUAAAUGGAUAGGAGGGGACGUAAACAAAAGGAAGGAAUUAUUUGUAGUCACGAAACUACCGCCUGGUGGUAACCGUCCAGAUCUCGUCGAGCAGUACUUCGAAAACUCUCGUCAAGACUUAGGAUUGGAUUACAUAGACCUUUAUUUAUUACACACGCCAUUUGGAUUUCAACAUGUUCCUGGUGAUUUGCAUCCCAAAAAUCCUGACGGCAGUAUGAUGGUCGACCAUACAACCGAUUUAAUAGCAGUCUGGAAGGCAGUAUUAAAACUAAAAGAAUCUGGAAGAGUGCGCCAUGUUGGCGUAUCCAACGUAAAUGAGGAACAACUAAUAAGAUUGGCAGCUGUAGAAAAGCCGGCAUGUUUACAAGUCGAGGUUCACGUUUUAUGCCAACAAAAGUCGUUGAUAGCAGCCGCAAACCGACUUGGAAUACCCGUAGUGGCAUAUUCUCCUUUAGGAUCGAGGGCUCUAACUAAUAUGCUAGCUGCGAAAACAGGCCGUGAUUACCCGCAUCUAUUAGAAUUACCCCUGGUAUUAGAGCUUGCAAAGAAAUAUUCACGGACUCCAGCACAAAUAUUACUAAGAUUCUUACUUCAACAUGGUGUUGGCGCCAUACCAAAAAGUACAGAUCCAACAAGAAUCAAACAGAACAUAUCUCUUUGGGAUUUCGAAUUGAAUGACAAGGAAAUGCAGGAUUUGCAUAACUUAGAUCGUGGAGAAGAAGGACGUAUAUGUGACUUUGGAUUCUUCAUCGGCGUCCAAACACACCCUGAAUUUCCUUUUAAAAAGAAUUAA